GCGAAGCCCAAAAUUAAACGGCCCAAAUGUCCAAAUGAGCAACGACGCAGGCGCAGAGGCAGUAAUCGACUCAUUCCUAUUCCGCAUCGCACUCCGCCCCUAAGAAUAGGUAAUCGGCGCCAAACCCAAACCCAAACCCAAACCCCUGCUCCGUGACUUCGUCAGUCGGUAGUACGUUAGGCCGUCGCCCGUAGGAGGGUCGGCGCACGGCUGCAGUGCGGCACGGCUGUCGGCUUAGCCUCUAGCUGAGUAGCCUCUCAUCUCUCGACACCUCGACUGCUCUAUUGUUCAGUGACGACAGUGAGUCAGCGCACCACAUUUGCUCUUAGCCCAGUGGCCGCCUCGCCGGGGAUCCACCCCUGCUCAGGUACCCACUCGUCAUGGAGAACGAAGGACAGGUUGCGCUUCUGCGUCUGAAGUCAUCAGACCCACCUCUCUAUCUCUCACCAUCUCCGGAUCUUUCUGCAGCCGCUCGAUUAGCCUCCCAAUAUCUCUACUCUUCCCUCAAACCCUUCACCCCCAAGUCUCCUUUCCCUCAACUCUUAACUGACGGCUUCGAUGCAGAGCAAAUAUGGCAGCAAAUUGACCUCCAAUCGGAACCUUUGAUUUCCUCCAUCCGUCGAAGAGUCAGCUACUUUGAGAAGUAUCCAGAAAGCAUUUCAGAACGGUUCAAUGUAGAAUCUAAGGGGUUGGAGAAAAAAAUAGAGUCAUUGGAGGAAUUAGACAGGAAUAGAGACGAAAUUGAGGAUGCUGUAUUGGAUGAUUUUGACGAGGAUGAUGAAGAAGGGGAGGAAGAACAGCAGGUUGAUGAUGAUGAUGACUCAGAAGAAGAGGAGGAUGAUGGUACCGGCUUAGUAGAGGACCAGUUCUUGAAAAUAAAGGAACUAGAAAAAUUUAUGGCAGAUGAUGAGGCAAGUGAGUUUGGUUUCGAGAAGGAGGUGAAAAAGAAGAAGAGGAAGAGAGUUGAGCAAUCAGAGCCCGAUGAUGAAAGUGCAGGAGAUGAGGAUGAUGGGCUUGAAGAUGUGGACUUUGAUGAUGAUACUUCUGAUGAAGAUGCAGACAUGGAAAAUGCCAGGUAUGAAGAUUUCUUUGAAAAAAAGAAGACAGAUCUCAACAGAAAAUAUAAAGCAAGUAAUAGAUCAAUUAACAUGGAAAGCGACAAAGAAAGAACUGAUGGUGGUGAUGAUAAGGGGAACCACAAUCUUUCUACCCAUGAAAGAGAGCUUCUAAAAUUACGCUCCACGAUAGAAGAAAUGGAGAAGGCAAACAUAGAGCCAAAGGCCUGGACAAUGCAAGGAGAGGUAACUGCUGCUAAAAGGCCAAAAAAUAGUGCAUUGGAAGUUGAUUUAGAUUUUGAGCACAAUGUGAGACCUGCACCGGUGAUUACAGAAGAGGUUACUUUGUCCCUAGAAGAAUUGAUACGCAAACGGAUCCUUGAGGAACAAUUUGAUGAUGUUCAGAAGCCUCCUAGUAUGCCAUCCCGAGCGCCAAGAGAAAAGAAAGAACUGGAUGAUACUAAGAGCAAAAAGGGUCUCGCUGAAGUGUAUGAGGAAGAAUAUGUUCAGAAAACUGGGCUUGUUUCAAACGCUAUGUCUUUCUCGGAUGAGCAAAAGAAAGAGGCAUCUAUGCUGUUUAAAAAACUCUGCCUCAAGUUGGAUGCGUUAUCUCAUUUCCAUUUCGCACCAAAACCGGUCAUAGAAGAAAUGUCUAUUCAAACUAAUGUCCCUGCUCUUGCAAUGGAAGAGAUUGCGCCAGUGGCCAUCUCAGAUGCAGCUAUGCUGGCUCCUGAGGAAGUUUUUACUGGAAAAAAGGAUAUCAAGGAGGAAACAGAGCUCACACAAGAAGAGAGGAAAAGGAGGAGAGCGAAAAAGAAAAGAAAAUUCAAAGCUGAAACAUCAAAAAAGAAGGCACCUCUAAUUGCAUUGCAUACCAGUUCUGAGAACAAGGGACAAUCGUGACCUAGAAAUGUUCAGAUUCCAAGUUAUUCCAAGUUCAAACAGGAGUAGGGCAACCACAAGGCAAGUGAAAAAUAACUAUAAUUAUUAUGCGAAUAUAGAGUGAUAUAUUGAUCUUCCUGUGCUGGGAAAGGCUGUCCAUUUUUGCUUCAUGAUUAUCAUUUCCAUUUUGUUUUGCUGAAUAUUUCCAAGGUGGUUUAAUUUUGUUUAAUCUAUGUAUUUUAAAAUUUUGCGGUUAUGACAUCUCACUUAAUUAAUAUAGUUAAUAUGCAGUUCCUUUGUGCAAUGCUGUAAGGCCA